AUGACCCCAAACAGCACUUCUACUUCUGCUUCAGAAGAAACGGAAGUGGACCAGCCGCUCUUUGACACCGACUACGACCUGGAGCGAGACCUAAAGACUGGGGAGCGCAUUAUCACCGAAGAGGCGGCGGCACUAGCCGUUCAGCGCAUCGGCCUCGCCGAGACCGCCUACACGCCAAUACCGUACAAGCAGUACUUUGUCUGGCACAAACUCAUUUUUGUCAGCUGGGGGAUGAUUUUCUAUAAUAUACUGGUUGGCGUGUUCUCUAUAACAGUGGGCAUUCAGGUGGGCGCUCAUCGCUUGUGGGCGCAUCGUUCUUUUAAAGCUCGCUUCAGUCUGCGCGUCCUCCUCAUGUGCUUCAACACGAUGGCCCUGCAGACGAGCAUUUUUGAGUGGAGCAGAGAUCACCGGGGCCACCACAAAUGGUCCGACUCUGAUGCCGACCCCUACAAUGCCAAUCGGGGCUUCUUUUUCAGCCAUGUCGGCUGGGUUGCCCUGAACAAGCACCCCGAGGUGAUUCGCAAGGGCAAGACCAUUGACAUGAGCGACCUGCUCGCCGAUCCGGUGGUGAUGUUCCAGAAACGGCACUACUACCCGCUGGUCUUCGUCUUCUGGUUCCUCCUUCCCACAGUCAUUCCCGUGUACUUCUGGGGCGAGCCCAUUUGGAGGACUAUUCUCUUGGUGGUCAUUUUUCGUCAUGUGUACACACUGAACACAACCUGGCUGGUGAACAGCUGGGCGCACAUGUACGGCUGGCGACCGUAUGAUCGUCGAAUUGCCCCAGUCGAAGCCUCUAUUCGUCACCUGCUGAUGGGCGAGGGUUUUCACAACUUCCAUCACGCCUUUCCUUGGGACUACUCGGCCAGUGAACUGGGACCGUUGGACGUCUUCAACCCUGCCACUGCCUUCAUCGACCUCUUCGCCAAAAUGGGCCUCGCUUAUGAUCUGAAGAAGGCGAACACCAGUCUGGUGGAACGGAAGCUGGCUGCUCUUGGCGAUCGGGCAGUGACCAAAGACGGCAAGGGCAGCUACUACAAAAGUCGGGUGGAUAUGUUGACCGAGUGGGUCGGAGUACCUGAUCCAGCCCUGCCCAAGCUCAACUUCACCAUCGAGCUGUCUGCUCUAAAGGUGCGCUCAAAAACGCUGCAUGAUCAGACGACUGCCCUCUCCAAUGACCUGAUCCAGGGCGGCUACCGUCAUCUGGUAGACGGGCUAAUCACCCAGCUGGGCAUUCUCUGGAACCUCAACUACGACCUGGAGCAUUCGACCGGCCAACUGAGCAUCACCGAAUGGAAUAUCCUCUCAGCGGCAAUGACCCACCGAGAGGACCGAGUCAAGGAGGAGCUGGCCAUU